AUGGCACCUCUGCUGCUGCGUCUAUCAUGGCUCAGGUCUUCUCGAGCCUUGACAUCAAGAUGUAUACGAAGGCGCUCGGAUCCUGAUUUUAGCAAGAUACAUCAAGAUAAACGUCUCUAUAACGGAGUCAUUAGUCCUGGCGAGACACUGCGGCAUUGGGACUGGGGCGACAGCAAUGAUUUCCUUGUUCACGGCAUCCGACACCACGAAAGUUUUGCCAAAUCGGCAGAAGUGACCGAUAUCUGCAAGAUAUAUGAUAGAUAUGCCAGGGCCCGCAACGCACGUCUCAUCAUGAGCAAUAUGAUUCCAGACAUGGCGUACCAGGCAGUGGUACCUUAUUGCAUUUGGUAUCCUGAUGUUGCUACUGAGGAUACCUAUCGAAAGCUUUAUCGCCGCUACCCAGAGAUGCGUUAUCACAUUGGACGAGCUUGCGCCGUCGCAGGAUAUGGGGAGCUAUACAACGAAUUAGACCUGCUACCGGAUGUCUCCAUUGCUGAGGAAGCUCGCGAUAACGGCAAACUCGAUAUUUUUGAGCAUAUCAUGAGCCAAUCUGUGAGAUAUGCUGUCAUGAACGAUUACCAGCGAUCUGUUGAUCUGCAAAACCCACGACCAGGGGCUUAUCUCAAUGGGGAUACCGCUGUUCGAUCCUCCUUGGAACUUCAUCGACCGUUGACAGUUAUCGGAGGCCCCUCGAAGUGGAAUCCCAACUUGGAAAAAUGGCCCUCUCACUACUUCGAUAUUCAAGAGGACUCCAACAUCAGCGGUUGUCCUUCGCCAGGGCCUCGUCUCUCAAAGCUACAAGGCGAGUACAUCGCUCUGCUUCACACCCCACUCCCAGAAGAUUUGCCUCCUACCAAUAAGGACAUUUUGAUUCUCAUGGCUGCCUGGGACGGCAGUAUUGAGCGUUACUUUCGCCUCAGACGGCCAAUCACAGUUCCGAAUGAGAUCACGGCCGUUGUUCGCGGUGCCUAUCAUCACACACCAUUUGCGCGAUGGCUCGAAUCAUGCGUUGACGAACUUUUCCCACGGCAGUAUGAAAACAAACUUAUUAGGCAGGCAUGCCAUGCGCGUUUUAUCAUGAACGACGAUCUAUCCCGCAUCUAUAGCGAAAUCGACGGCGAAAUCCUUCCGGAGCUAUUCUGGUGGCCUCACUGCCCAAAUUCAGACACCUUGCGCGAGCUGGCAUGGCGCCGACCUGACCUAAAACACCAGGUCAUACUCGCAUGCAUAGUUGGAGACUACCAGGAUCUUUUUCUUGAGCUUUUUGACGGGAUGAGGCCAACACAGGAACAGUGGGAAGCCGCACUUCAUUCUUACAACGAGUUCUAUAAGGAGACGAUCGAACUGCGUGCGAAAGAAGAGGGUCUUGAAUUCCAUAAGAAAGGCGAAUGGAGCAAGGAAUAUCUACGCCCGACUAAGGAGCUCUAUAGGGGUAAUUAUAAAUUGGGACUGACGAAAGAGAUCUUCAAUGAGCCUGAUCAACACUGCGAAGACUGGCAUGCCUGGAACAUGCCUGAGGAUAACCUGUUCAAUUUUCACAUGCAUUUUCAGAUGGCUAAAUGGCAGCAGUCGAUCACUGCCACUGAUGAAGCGAGACAAGAAGAAUCAACGCAGGAAUAG